AUGUGUAUUGUAACAAGGAAUAUAUUGUCCAAAACAAACGGUAUGCAUGUUUUUUGCUUCACGGGACUUCACUCUUUCCCGUUUCACUCUGCGUUUGCAUUGAACUUUUUGUCAGUAGCUCAAAACAAUUCAACUCUUUCCUUUCUCCCCAACAUCCUUUCGCUUUUCCUCUUCACCCUCCCACUCUCGCUUUCUAUUUUUUGUAUUCCUCUACAUGUUCAUAACGUUCUUUGCUAUAUGCCUCUUUCCUUUGCAACUCAGAUAACACUGUCUCUCAUCACAUACAUUCACUUCAUUUCUCUGCUUCUUGCUCUUGCUCCUAAAUCAUUCACUGGGGAUUCUAUUACCCCUCAUUUUCUUCAAUUCUGUAUCUGUAUCUGCCUCUGUUUACAUAUUGUAUCACUUUCUUGCUUGCAUUGUCAAUACCUGUUCGUAAACAUGGAUCAGGACAAAAAGGAGCGUCUUAGCCGGCUCCAGAUGGAAGAUCUGGGAACCGCCAGGCGUGAACACAUCUCUACCACAGAUAGCAGGAAGGUAAAAAAGGCCCGCUUAGAAGAUAUCGAAGCCACUCGACUGUCGAAUCAGCCGGGGACAGAGGCUCAGCGUUUAGCUGAGCAGAACCGGCAACAGCUCACCGAGUGGAAGAACGUGUUCCAAAAGCUAGGAGACACUGAUGAUUUAGAGAAUCUCGAUGAGCUCCUAAAUGGUCAAAGUCACCGUCUUCAACUGAGAGCCGCUUUGCACGGAUCUGGCAGUUAUGACAGCGGCAGGUCUUUAAAGGCGACGGACGACUAUCCUAAACCAUCAGAAGCUUUGCUCUCAGCGUCUACUAGGGGUUCUAGAUCACGAGGUCGAGGUGGCGGUAUAGCUGGCACGAGAGGCCGUGGCGAUAUCAGAGCUGUAACUGUCAGACUUCCUUCCGGUACUUCCAACCGUGCUUCUGCUUCUAAGCCAGGGCAUCACGUACAACAAGCUUCUGGCGCCCGCAAGGCAUCACUAGACCCAGCUCUAGAAAUAAAUAACAGCGAUCCUUACGGGAAAGGUCGCGGGAAACAGGCGCAGAAUCAGCCACCGUAUCAGUUUGGGAAGAACAGAGGAAGUGACGAAAGGAGUCAAGUAUCUACUGUUGUCAAAACUAGACGACCAAUCACUGUCAACUUACCAAGGCUUCUUAGCCCUCCUGAGUGUUUUCUAGAAGAAGCCAGAAAAUUACUCCAGAGGGUCUCAGAGACCGCACCUGCUACUACCCAGAAUGAAUCUAACCUCCCUAGUGCUCCUUCAACGGCUUCACCUCGCGAAAACCGAAUGGAACAACCCAUUACCACACAAAAGGCCCUUCUGUCAAACACUAAAGCUGUGGCCAGUCAUGAUGAACCAGCAUCAGUGACUACCCUGACAAUAGCGCCCCAUGAGAAUCCAGAGCCACAACUCAGCGCUGCCCAAGUCACUGCUGAUCGAGUCAUUAAAGACAACCUCAGCGAAAACGCAGAAUCUACUAUCGUUAUCUCCAAAACUACAAGGAAGGAUCAGUCUGCUUCGGAAUCCGUUCUCAAAACUCCAGAGGAAUCUCUUCUUGAUUUGAGCAGUACACCACCCACAAAGGACUCUUUUAUGAGAGACGACAACCUGAUAAUGAGCCCUUCGCUCCAAGAGCUGGAGGGUCUAGAAUUUAUGCAGAGCUUAACAAACACCCCCGGAAGCACGUCGUCCCCUAUCGUCCAGAGGCCUGAAUGUGAAGAGCCCUUAAAGAGUACAGCCUUUGAGGAGAAAAGCUCGGCUACUACUCAAGCUGAUGAAGAUGGAGCCUGCGACAAAUUCCAACGUGAUAUAGAAAUGCUCUGCCCAGUAAACAAGAUGAUUCGAAAAACAGGUGCACCGGAUGAUCAGUUGCAGCAGUCAGUACACGCGCCAAAGGAGAAUAAAACCCCAGUGACUCGAUCGACUGGGCAAGCCUUGGGUGGCCUUCAAGCUUCGAUCUAUGCUAUUCGUGAGGAAAACAAACCCAUCCGUUGA